AACAUUGUAGUCUAGUAUCUAUGUGACGCCACAAGCCUUUUUACACAGCCAGCUGCCACUGAUUUGGAUGCAUAUCCAUGUUCUAGGACUUUCUCUUUCCCGGCUUGAGAUUCAAGCUCCUGCGGUGCCACUGGUCGAUGUUGGUCCAGAGAAUAAACCCUGUUUAUGCGUAGGAUUAGACAUUGAGUGUGUUUCACGGCCUCUGUGUGGAUCUCUGUACUCAUGGAUUGUCUUGACGGAUCCCCGGAGCAGUUCAGGAACUUCAAGAAGGACGACUUUGAGGCCGACUGGAUUAAGGUGGCAGAAUGCAGAUUUGGUCAGGUGUACCAAGUCAAGCUCAAGGACUGGCGGGUAAAAUGUGCCCUGAAAAGCUCUGACACAACCUUGUGUGCAAACAACUUUUACAGGAGAACAAUAGAUGAGGCGUCCAACAUAGCCAAAGUGAAAUUCAAGUACAUUGUGUCCGUCUACGGACUGUGCAGUGAAGCGACUUCCGUGGUGAUGGAGUACAUGAGUAAUGGAUCGCUGAACAAUCUCCUAGCCAGUCACAAUUUGAUGUGGCCAAAGAAGUUCCACAUGAUUCAUGAGGCCUCCAUGGGCAUGAAUUUCCUCCACAGCAUGAAACCACCACUACUCCAUCUUAACCUCAAGACGUCCAACAUCCUACUAGAUGAUCAUCUCCAUGUCAAGAUUUCUGAUUUUGGUUUAAUCCACUGGGAAGAGGGCAUGAGCAAGAAAUUGUUCAUGGAGCAUCUGACAGCAAGAGGCAACAUAAGUUACAUUCCCCCAGAGACCUUCACUCAGUGCACUGAUCCUCCAGGAACUAGCUUUGAUGUUUACAGCUUUGGAAUUGUGAUUUGGGAGAUUCUGACACAGCAGAAACCGUAUGCAGGGUGCAGUGUGACCACAGUGCUCUUACAGGUGUCACAUGGUAAGAGACCCUGUGUGGAGCUGAUACCCGAACAGAAGCCCCAUGAGUGUGAUCAGAUUAUCAGCAUCAUGAGGCAGUGCUGGGACCAGGACCACAGGAACAGGCCACAAUUCUCAGACACUGUGAGGAAAACGGAGGCUCUGAGUGAAGUCCUGAAGAUCCCAGGACCAAUCCAAUGUCCCAAAAAUGGUGACGAGGGACAGAAAUUAAAUUAUCCUUGGUUGGUUUCCCCAAUACAUAAGAUUGCUGUGCCUGAGAUGCCUGACCUUACCUCAGAUGACCAACAUGACAAGGACAGCAUUCUCUCUCUGCUGUCCAAAAAGGACUUUGGUAGUUUCAGACAGUCUGUGAAAAGAGAGCAUGUAUACACAGAGUUUUCAGGUAAAAAGAGCCUCCUCCACUACACGGUAGCCAGCAGGGAUGCAGCGAGUGUCGAGCGUGUCUUGAGUCUGGGUGCUGAAGUCAACUGUACGACUGCCAGAGGUUACACUCCUCUUAUUAUUGCUGUUCUGCACAGCCUUCAUGACAUCAUCUCUUUGUUGCUGGAACAUGGCGCAGCUGCCACCCAGGGAGAUGAGGACCAGUGGACAGCGCUCCAUUUUGCUGCUCAGAACGGUGAUGACAGGACUGCCCGUCUCCUGUUGGACAAAGGGGCUGUGGCGGAUGCCGCGGAAAAAGCUGGUUGGAUGCCCCUCCACCUGGCUUGCCAGAAUGGCCAUGAAACAGUGGUGCGCCUGCUGCUUUCACGGCUGUCAGAGGAAGCAGUCAGAGAACGGGAAGCACUAGGGAGGACGCCGCUCCACCUCGCCUCCGCCUACGGACAUCUAAAUAUUGCCAAGCUCCUCCUCUCUCAGGGAGCCGAUCCCAACGCAACCGACUGCUCUCUGUCCACUGCUCUUCACUUAUCUGCUGAGGAAGGCCAUAACAGAGUAGUCAGACUGUUGCUGAAGAGUGGGGCGAUUAUUGACAGUGCAGACAGAAGAGGAUACACUCCACUUCACCUGGCUGCUCUGAAGGGUCAUACAGGUAUAUGCAGGCAGCUGUUGUCAAGCAGGGCCAGCCCAGACUGCAGGACCCUCCAAGGCUGGACUCCCAUGCACCUGGCUGCCCUGAGGGGACAUGAAGCCACGGUGGUCCAGCUGGAGAGUCAGGGUGGUUGUGUGAACGCUAGAGGUGAUAAUGGAUGGACCCCGCUCCACCUCGCCUGCCACCAGAGCGAGCCGGAAGUGGUGGCAAAGCUCCUGGCAGCCAAAGCCGAUCCAAAUGUGUCAGAGGACAGUGAAGGAUGGACGCCACUACAUGUAGCCUGUACCAGUGUCAGUUUCCCAAGUGUCCUCCACUUGAUAUCACAUCAUGCAGAUGUCAAUGCAAUAAACUCAGGAAAGGCGACGCCUUUACACCUGGCUGCCCAACAUGGCUGUAUGCCUAUUGUAAAGGCUCUGCUGCUGAAUGGAGCAGAAAGGACUCUGCUGGACUCUUCUGGAUCCACAGCUUUGAAUGUGGCCCGGAGGUGUGAAAAAUGGGAAAUAGUGCAACUACUGGAGGAGUAGUUGAAAUAUGAAUGGAAGGAUUACAGUACAAUGAAAACAUGAAUGACACAGCUGGAAUAUUAUCCUAUUUCUGAGUCUCUUAUUAAGCAGCUUAAAACAAGAUUUUGAAAAUAUUUUUUAAAUGAUUUAUCAUUUAUAGAAAAGAUGAAUAAUUAUAUUUUCAUUAUUUAAUUAUAUACACAAUUAUAGGUAAAAUGCACAAAGACUACUACUGCUUCUCUGCAUCUGUCAAGAAUGCUUACGGAAACUUUGGAUUUGAGUUAUUUCACAAAACCCCUUACAAUUUGGAUGUUCACAAAUGUAUAAUUUAAUUAAAUAGAUAAUUAAAACUAA